AUGCUCUAGACCGAGUACUGCCCCCGCUGUCUUUCCACCUUCUUCUUCUGCAGCGGUGGCGGCAGCAGCACUUAGCAGGGGCAACUUGAAGCUGCACCCUGGGCAAGCCCCCCAGGGCUGCCCCUCCAAGAGCAGAGGCAGCGAGAGGACGCGUGUGCCUCGCGCCGGUCCGCGCGGGGAGAGCAGUGGGGACGGAGACCUGCACCACCUCCUGGUCCGCCCUCCAGAAAAAGAAUCUGAAAGGAAACGAAGAACAAAAUACCCCAGAAUUCACAACAGAACAUUCCACCUGAACCUAAAAUGGUGAGCGAGAGUCAUCAUGAGGCCCUGGCAGCCCCGCCAGUCACCACCGUUGCGACUGUUCUACCAAACAAUGCCACAGAGCCAGCCAGUCCUGGAGAAGGAAAGGAAGAUGCCUUUUCUAAGCUGAAGGAGAAGUUCAUGAAUGAGUUACAUAAAAUUCCGUUGCCACCGUGGGCCUUAAUUGCCAUAGCCAUAGUCGCAGUUCUUUUGGUCCUGACCUGCUGCUUUUGUAUCUGUAAGAAAUGCUUGUUCAAAAAGAAAAACAAGAAGAAGGGAAAGGAAAAGGGAGGGAAGAAUGCCAUUAACAUGAAAGAUGUGAAAGACUUAGGGAAGACCAUGAAAGAUCAGGCCCUGAAGGAUGAUGAUGCUGAAACUGGAUUGACUGAUGGAGAAGAAAAAGAAGAACCCAAAGAAGAGGAGAAAUUGGGAAAACUUCAAUAUUCCCUGGAUUAUGAUUUCCAGAAUAACCAGCUGCUGGUGGGGAUCAUCCAGGCGGCCGAGCUGCCCGCUCUAGACAUGGGGGGCACGUCUGAUCCCUACGUGAAAGUGUUUCUGCUGCCCGAUAAGAAGAAGAAAUUUGAGACAAAAGUCCACCGGAAGACCCUUAACCCUGUCUUCAAUGAGCAAUUUACUUUCAAGGUGCCAUACUCGGAACUGGGUGGCAAAACCCUGGUGAUGGCUGUGUAUGAUUUUGAUCGUUUCUCCAAGCAUGACAUCAUUGGGGAAUUUAAAGUCCCCAUGAACACAGUGGAUUUUGGUCACGUAACUGAGGAGUGGCGUGAUCUGCAAAGUGCUGAGAAGGAAGAGCAAGAGAAAUUGGGUGAUAUCUGCUUCUCCCUUCGCUACGUGCCUACCGCUGGCAAACUGACUGUUGUCAUUCUGGAGGCAAAGAACCUGAAGAAGAUGGACGUGGGUGGCUUGUCUGAUCCUUAUGUGAAGAUUCAUCUGAUGCAGAAUGGCAAGAGGCUGAAGAAGAAAAAGACAACAAUUAAGAAGAACACACUUAACCCCUACUACAAUGAGUCAUUCAGCUUUGAAGUACCCUUUGAGCAAAUCCAGAAAGUGCAAGUGGUGGUAACUGUUUUGGACUAUGACAAGAUUGGCAAGAACGAUGCCAUCGGCAAAGUCUUUGUGGGCUACAACAGCACCGGGGCGGAGCUGCGACACUGGUCAGACAUGCUGGCCAACCCCAGGCGACCCAUUGCCCAGUGGCACACCCUACAGGUGGAGGAGGAAGUUGAUGCCAUGCUGGCAGUCAAGAAGUAAAGGAAAGAAGCCUUUCUGCAUUUGCCCACAUAGUGCUCUUUAGCCAGUAUCUGUAAAUACCUCAGUAAUAUGGGUCCUUUCAUUGUUCCAGCCAUGCAUUCUAACACAAUUCAGUGGUACUUCAAAUCCUGUUUUAAUUUGCACAAAUUUAAACGUAGAGAGCCCCUAAGCCCUUCAUCAUACCACUGCCCUCCAAAUCUACUCUUCUUUUAAGCAAUAUGAUGUGUAGAUAGAGCAUGACUGAAAUUAUUUAUUGUAUCACACUGUUGUAUAUACCAGUAUGCUAAAGAUUUAUUUCUAGUUUGUGUAUUUGUAUGUUGUAAGCGUUUCCUAAUCUGUGUAUAUCUAGAUGUUUUUAAUAAGAUGUUCUAUUUUAAACUAUGUAAAUUGACUGAGAUAUAGGAGAGCUGAUAAUAUAUUAUAUGGUAAAUAUAGCAUCGUCUGCAUUCCAGCAAAAAUAUCAACUUGUAAGGCACUAGUACAGCGAAACUGACAUCUUAAAGGACAACUUAAAUCUGAGCUUUCUAUCGAAUCAUUUGAGUACCAAGAUACACUUACACCACAUAUUUGGUGGGUGAAUCCAAUUUUAUAGAAUUGCUUCACAGGCAAAUUAACAUGAUCUGAGCAGCAUCCAGGCUGACCUCCAGGAAGCAUAGCCACAAACCAGAAUAGCAUCUGUCUGUACAUAUCUACAAAGCUGAAAUCAGGGCUUCACUCUUACAUUCAAGGAAGCAACUGAACAGGAGUCAAUGAUUUCAUAUUACAGCAUGUAGAGUAACAACAUCUCGGUGUUCUGUGUGUGUGUGCGUGUGUGUGCAUGUGUGUGUGUGUGUGUGUGUGUGU